AUGAAGGAGCUGCAAAACAAUAUUACGCUGGCCGCUCAGCAGGUGAAAUGGUCUCAGAGAAGCAUCGAUGACGCUUUGUCCGAAUAUAAUGCUGUCAUAGAUCAGGCAGAACAGGUAAGAGGAGGUCAUGGCCUCGUGAAACAAGUAUAUGCCGCAGUUCAAGCGAUUCAUAGAGAGCAACAGGGUCUAAUUGUCGCUGAAGCGGAAACUCUGGACAACGAACUGGAGUUUGAAGAUGAGGAUGGUUUUCUUCUGGGUAAGAGCGAUGUCGAGUUGACCAGGAGAUGUCGCAAACAGCUGGAAGACUUGAGUGCAGCACUGGGAAGGACACACCCAGACGGACUCGCAAAGAUGUGCGAGCUUGCCGUGGCAUAUGGGAGCAAUGACCGGCAAAAAUGCUAUAGGCUAGUUUCAAGAUGUGGUCGCCGGACAUACUAA